AUGUUACUAGAUGAAAAGUCUCAAGCUCAGAAACUAGUUGAGAGAAGUAUCAAUGAUUCAUGGUAUAAACAAGGACCCUUUCGACCUUACAAAGUUAUUAAACAGCAAAGACAACAACAACAACAACAACAACAACAACAACAACAGCAGCAACAACAGCAGCAGCAGCAGCAACAACAGCAACAGCAACAACAAAAAUCAUCAACACCUGUUCAAAACUCGCUUUCAUUCACUAAAACAGACUAUGCUGUACUCGUGACUCUUGCAAUCAUCGCAGUGUACACGCGACUACCAUUUACACGUAUACACCUGUACAAUGAAAAGGAGUUAAUCACCAUGGAUAUCUUGAAAAUGUAUGAUGAAGGUGAGUUCUUUUUGGAUAUUCAUCCACCUUUAGGUCGAUUGAUUUACUACAUGAUUGCAAAAUUAACAAGUUAUCUUCAACUGGCGCAAGGAGAAAAUCAAAUUGGAAUUGACAUCCUUGAUGAGUCGAUUGUCUAUUUGCGAUUAUUUUCCAGUUUGUGUGGUGCUGCAUCGGUCGUAUUCAUCUACUUUAUAAUGAGAAAAAACUCAAACAUAUUAAUCAGUUUAUUUACCUCAUUGGUUUUAUUGCUUGAGAAUUCCAUCGUUGGAGUCAGCAGAUCUGCCAUGUUGGACUCAGUACUACUUUUAGGUCAAUGUAUGGUGAUUUAUUCUUUACGUUCGUUUUUACGUGCCCAAUUUUAUUCAUCUGCAUGGUGGAAAUCUGGAUGUUUGACUGGUGUUGCAUUGGGUUGGACUAUAUCGACUAAACUAAAUGGAUGGUUGACUUUAAUAUGGGCUCUGAUGGUUGUGGCUCAUGAAUUGUGGGAAAUAUUGGGCGACUUGACAAUAACCACUACACAGUGGUUUAUACAUGUAUUUUGGAGAAUAGUGCAAAUAAUGGUGAUACCACUUAGUCUUUACACUUUGACUUUUUGGCUCCAUUUUGAGAUGAUCCCUAAGGAUGGUCCACAAAGUGGGUUCGUGUCACCGCACUUUCGGUCAUCACUCAAAAACUAUCGAUCUGAUCCUGUUGAGGUGCUUUAUGGAAGCACAAUAACGCUCAAACAUAAUCAACUUGAACAAUAUUUGCACUCGCACGAAGAAACUUACCCUACAGGCUCACAACUCCAACAAGUAACACUUUACGAUUUUGCAAAUGACGAAAACAACGAAUGGGUAGUGGAAACGCCGCACAAAUACUAUGACGAUAAACUUAUGAAACGUGUGCGGCCAGUGAAAGACGGUGAUGUUAUAAGAUUAUACCACAAGAAAACAGGCCAUUAUCUUCAAAUCAAUGAUUUUCGUCCACCAAUAUCCGAUGCUCACGAUUACGCAUACGAAGUAAGCACAAAUGCUACACGUGGCUUAAUGGGCGAUGAUGCAUAUGACUUCAAAGUCAGAAUCAUUGCCAGGAAAUCACAUGCCGUGAAUAAUUUACCUUUGAUCAAGGUUCGAGCCACAGAAACUGUUUUCCAACUAAUCUCUAAAGGUCAAAAGUGCUUAUUGCUCGGACAUGAUGUCAAAUUACCUGACUGGGGAUACGGUCAAAAUGAAGUUGUGUGUAUCAAGGAACCAACGAUUCCAAACUCGUUAUGGUACAUUGAGAACAAUGAGCAUCCAAUGCUUACUCAAAUGGGCGAUGUUAUCAAGAAAGUUGAUUUUAGUAGACAGCUCAAUGUAGUGGAGAAAAUUGGGCAGGUGUUGAAAGCUGCCUUGAGAUUUCAAAAUGGGUUUACUGUAUAUGAAGCAUACAAUGACAAUGCAGCAUACAAGAAACCUACUAUAACAACAAACCCCGCACUUUGGCCACUUGCCCCAAAGGCAAAUGGAAAGGUCAUAGAAGCAGAAAUUGAAGAUGAUCCUCACGGACACAAGGAGUCAGGUCAAAUAAGCAACAUCUGGGGUAAUACCACGAUACAUUGCAUAACCACCAUUGUCAUGAUAUAUACCAUUAUCAAAUCUGUGUUUUAUAUUAUCAGAAUAGUAAAUCCGUAUGCAGACAAUUACGUGGAUGCACCAGAGACUGAGAGUUUCUACACUACCGCCAUGAUAUACCAACUUGGAUGGAUGAUUCAUUAUUUCCCAUUUUUCAAAAUCGAUGUAUCAUUGCACUCGUAUAACUAUAUUCCAGCACUAGUAUUUCUGAUUUUGAAUCUUGCAGAAUGGAUAAGAUAUCAGAAUAAGUAUGUGGGUGUUUUAUUGAUGGCUGGAAUUUUGGGUGGUGUAAUUUUACUGUUUUUCAUAAACUAG